GUGUUAUUAAAUAUUUAAAAUAUUUUCUUUAAACAAUAAACUGUUUUACAGACAAUCAAUACAUACAACACUGUUACAAAACAGCUGCUAUAACAAUUGUUUUAUGGUGCGUAGCCACCACUUGUACACUUUGCUGUUGUUGUUGUUGUAUAUGAGCAAAAAUCUGUGUGCUAGCAGCUCAGCUCAGUCUGCUUUCAACUCGCUUCGAUUGUGGUGUGUUAAUCGAGUGUGUCUCGUCGCCGACGCUGGGAUAGGAAAUAUUUACGCGUCUAUACCGUUAUCUAUAAAGUACAAUUCAAAAAAGUUCAUCUAAAAACUGAACAGUAUCAAUUGUUUACAUAAACGCUCAAUAUAGUUUAGGUUUAAGUGCAACAUUAAAUAUUUUUAAAGCAACUUUCCUGCAAAGCGCAUUGAUUUUGCAAAGUCGAACUAAACCCUGGCGACAAAACAACACAACAACAAGGCAAACGGCAACUUAUAUAAAUAGCUAAAGAAGUACAAACCAAAAACAUCACAGAUUCAAGGAUAAUUAAGGAUAUUGCAAAAAUUUGCUAUAGCGAAGAGAAUAACUAAUUUCGUUGCAUUUCUUACGCUGAUACAUUAGAUUAUUAAAAAACAAACGAAGACUGAGACCUUUGCAAUUUUAUACAUCUCGGCAGACUACAACCGUCAUACGUGAGAAUCCACAACAAGCAUUCAAGGACUAACAAAAAAUUUGGUGUCGUAAAUCUUUACGUAGUUUUGGCAACGUGAGUCAAUAAAAAUGUCCUCUCGCUCCAAAGAGAAAGUUACUGCUGCUAUUCGUAAGUUUUUCAAAGGCAAUGAUAAAGUCGAAGCAGCCGAAGCAAAUGCAACAGGAGCUGCAGAUUCACCUAAUAGACGUGGACGGCGUCAGGACAACAAAGUUGCCCCAGCCACAAGCACAAAAGGUGAGGAAUCGAUGGCUACUAUAAGUUUAACUCAAAUGAGCCUCUCUAUGCCAGAUAACAGUAUUAGAGCGCGUCGUCUAAUGAAGGAGUACAAGGAAAUUGUUAAAAUGCAAACCAGCACAAAACAGCCUGUAUUUACGGUUGAAUUGAUUGGUGAUAACUUAUUUGAAUGGUAUGCACGCUUAUUUAUAAUUGAUCCUGAUUCGAAGCUCGCCAAGGAUAUGGCGGAACUGAAAAUUCCAUUUAUAUUGUUACAUUUGGUGUUUCCGGAUAAUUUUCCAUUUUCCCCACCGUUUAUGCGAGUAGCUGAACCACCCAUUGAAAGAGGUUUUGUUAUGGAGGGAGGUGCCAUAUGUAUGGAGUUGUUAACUCCACGCGGUUGGGCAAGCGCUUACACUGUCGAAGCAGUAAUUAUGCAGUUUGCAGCUAGUUUGGCGAAAGGUCAAGGACGGGUUGUUAGAAAACCAAAGAGCACGAAAGAAUUUAAUAGACGUACUGCAGAAGAAUCCUUCCGUUCCUUAGUGCGGACACAUGAGAAAUACGGCUGGGUCACACCAGCACUUUCAGAUGGCUAAAUAUAGAAACAUUUACUUUGUUAUUGUAUUUUAAUAAGAUAUAACUUGUUUUUUAUGUAUAUCCAAAAAUGUUUAAGAAUGUGCAACAUUAUUGCUGCCAAAAAUUAAUUGUUGCCACUUUUGGUAAACUCUUAGUUGAAUAAAAAAAUAAUCCAUA